AAAAAUAAAUACUACAAUGGAAAAUCGUUCACUAGAGGGAACUGAAGAGUCGACUUUCGAUACUCCGGAAGUAAAUACUUUUUAUGAAGAUUCCCUAUUAACAAAUGAUUCUGAAGCAAUGACUUGGUAAUCCAUGGAACCAUUGCCUUUCCAUGUUAAUUUAUAAGGAUAUCAUGGUGGUGCUCUCAUGUAGGUCACGAUUAUUUUGCAGAAGUUUCAGAAGAAUUUAUUGAAGAUAAUUUUAAUUUGACGGGCCUUAAUACUCUUAUUCCGUUUUAUAAAGAAGCUCUUGAAAUGAUACUAGAUGUAGAUUCGGAAAAUACUGAUGAACAUAUACGAGCACCUGAUCAAAAUAUAAUAGAAAGCAGUGCCGAGCUUUUGUACGGACUUAUUCAUCAAAGAUAUAUAGUCUCUAGAGCCGGUUUACAUGCAAUGGCAGAAAAGUUUGAAAUGGGUCAUUUUGGCCAUUGCCCAAGAGUGUAUUGUAAUUCUACCUCAGUAGUACCCUGUGGACGAUCUGAUCUUCCUGGUUUAGAGACCGUUAAGUUAUUUUGUCCUAAUUGUUUGGACAUUUAUGUUCCACCAAACUCUAGAUUUCAAAAUAUUGAUGGUGCAUUUUUUGGAACAACCUUUCCUCAUCUAUUCUUUCAAACGUAUCCUGAGUAUAAACCAUCCAUUUCACGUAAGUGUUUUAAUAUUUACCAACCAAAAAUAUAUGGCUUUAAAAUUUCUGAAAGAAGUAAAUCAGGACCACGAAUGUCUUGGCUAAGAAAAUUUCUAGGAAAAGUAGAUUCUGAAAAAGAAAAUCUAUUGGAUGAAAAGAAUGACAAUAGGGCGAAAGAUAAAAAUGAUAACGAAUAUUUAUGAUAUUUAUAGGAUUAUCUUUUAAUCUUUAAAAAAAUAAUAAGUCUUUUAAUAAGUAAAAAAAUAUAAAUGACUAGAACGCGU